GUGCUGAGAUGGGGCUGCACAGGCCAGUGCUGUGGCUGAAGAAAUUCUGGGUACUUUUGCAGGUAGUCCUGCAUGUAGCCAAAGGCAGAGUGCUCAUGACACUGUUCCCUGAGAGAGUCAAACAGCACAUCCUGGCCCAGUACCCCAACUUCGCCUACGACCUCUGGGGUUCCACCUUCUUCAGCAUUCCGUACUUCUGGUUUGUCUUGAAGGUUUAUUGGCAGCGACUAGAAGAUAAGACUGAGCAAGGGAGUCUGGCCCCGAACUGCCCUGUGGUCAGCCUUUCAGGCCGAAGGUGCAACAUUUGGGACUUCAUGCAAGGCACCAGGCCACUCGUGCUCAAUUUUGGAAGCUGCACCUGACCUUCGUUUCUUCUCAAAUUUGACCAAUUCAAGCGCCUGAUGGAUGACUUUCAUGCCACAGCCGAUUUCCUCAUCAUUUACAUCGAAGAAGCGCACGCAUCAGAUGGUUGGGCUUUUAAGAACAACGUGACCAUCCGGACUCAUCAGAACCUCGAAGACCGCCUGCGGGCGGCCCGCCUGCUUCUGGACAGAGGCCCCCAGUGCCCCGUGGUGGUGGACACGAUGGAGAACGAGAGCGGCCGGCUCUACGCGGCACUGCCGGAGCGCCUCUACGUGCUCCAGGAGGGCAGGAUCCUUUACAAGGUUUUGCUGUAUUUCCCACUGAGAUGAGUGAGAGAAAAGUGGGGAAACCUGGCCCUUGGAACUACCGCCCAGAGGAAGUCCGCGCUGUUCUGGAAAAGCUUGACAGUUAGUCUGGACCGUCCAGAGUUCUACGUGGCCAAUAGGAGCGCUGCUCAAGCCUGGGCGCUCCCCAGCCCAGCUGACUGGCACCUCUUGAUCUGUGUUCCCAGCUGACUUGCUAGCUCAGAUGAUUCCAAUCUAAGCAAACGACUGUCAGAGGGGAGCGUGUGUGCGCGCGCGCGUGCGCAGGUCACAGUAUUCAAUCAGAACUGACUGUGAGAACCAGAAAAUGACUUGGCCCUUCAUGUACAAAUGCACACGACUCCCACCAACCACGGAGCUCACACCCUUUGCACGAUGUCUUAGGAGUGAGUGCACGCAGUCGCUGGCCUGAUGUACUUCUGAGGGCGUUCUCUCUCUCCAGCCUCUCUGGUACCAGUGGGCACAUACACCAACCUCUCCGUUAGGUUAAGGCACAUUGCCACAUGUGGCACUUACACAAUUGAUCACUUAAGACACCAAAUUGGAUUUUAGAAGUAAGCAUGGGCCGAGUCCAGUUGUUAAAAGAGCGAGGAGGCGCUGGAAAAGGAGGAAGCAGGAAUGGUUGGAGACUGGAAGAUAGUGAUCCUUUCGUUGCUCAAAGAUUUAAACCUGUCAAUGGUGGGGGUGGGGGUGAGUUUCCAUGGCAACACAUUUCCAAUUCUAUCAAGAAGAAAGAAAGGAUGCACACUUAACAUGCUUGAAAAUGCUCCCCAGAAAGCUGGCUCUCUGGACCCUAGAUCCCUCCACUAGUCUCCCUCAUGAGCAGAUCCCCUUAGAGGGGACAGCUGAUUUCCCCCAGCAUCAUAACCUUGACCAAACCAGACAAAAGCAUGGCCCAUCGCUCAUAUUUCGAAUUCUCUUACUUCUUUGCAUGUCUCCUAAUGGUCACUUGUGUUCAAUUCCAUCCGACUGGUGGAUUAACGCCGGCAUUCAUCUGCUUUAACUCUGCUUCUUUCCAUAUGUUUAUGAUGGCCACAGCUUAAAGUACACAACAGCUGUGACUUGAGCGAAAAAUGUAUUUUAAGAUGCAGCAAGUUAAUACAGAGUGAUUAAAAUACACUGGGCUACGUUGAA